AAUAUAUCAUGUCGUAUUUGAUUAGAUAUGUCUUAUAUUAAAUAUGUUUUCUUCUUCAGGUGGGAAUGACGCUUCGGAAUGGUGCUGUACGGGUAUAUGAUGAGAGAUGCUGUGUACCGUAUUUAUAUGAUGGUAAACUUUGGGUAACUUUCGAAGACCCAGAAAGUGCAACAGAAAAGGCUUUAUAUUUCAAAGAUAGACUAGCUGGUGUGGCUAUAUGGAAUCUGACACUCGGUGAUCCGAAAGGGAAAAUAAAUGGUACUAAGUUUCCAAUUGUACAAGCCGUGAAGACAGCCUUAUUGUCCAAAGAUAAAUGAAGACUUCUUUUCCAUCCCAUACUCUCUCUUUCUCUCCCUCUCUCUCUCCCUCUUCCCCUUCUUUCUCUCUACCACACAAAAUCCUCUCUUCUUCAUUCUGUUACUCCAGUCUGAUGAACACGCGUACACGCAGUCACAUACACUUACGCUCGCAUACACAUACAUAUAAUACAGUUAUAUAUAUAUCUACAUGCAUGCAUACAUGGACGCAAUACAGAGAUAGAUAGAUAAAUAGAUAGUGGCAGAUAGAUAGAUAAAGAGAGAGAGCGAAAAGGAGAGAUAGAUGGGGAGACAGGGAGAGAGAGAGUAAUGGAGAUAAUGAAGGAGAUAGGGCUAUACAUAUUUCAAAAUAACGUUUGCAUGUGCGCGUAUGUUUGCGUACACAUCUGUAUAUUUAUUAUGUAUUCUGGUUGGAUAAUAGAAUGAAUAUCAGAGACAUUAAUAAAGCUUUAUUAGUGAACCAUUAUCGACAUGCAACCAAUGGUGUCUAGCGGUGUUCGUAUCGGUUGAUGAUGUUACUGUCACGUGAAGGUGCCACUGUUGGUUCAUUGCGUCGUUAGCGGUUGAUUAGGAGUGGGUAGUAAACAAGGCACGCCUCUGUUUGGGCUUAUGGAAUUAGGAAUUGUGAAUGCGUGCGCGUGUUGGUAUGUGUGUGUGUGUGUGUGUGCGCGUUUGUGAGUGUAUCUACGUGUGCUGUGAAGGUAUAUGAGUCGUGGUAAUGCGGGAAAAAUAGUUUUCUUUCUGCACCAACGAAAACUACAUACGUCUAAAUUAAGUGCAAGGUUUAGCGGGUAUUAUUGCCUCACUUUAUUAAACUUGACUGGUAUUUAUUUUAUGGAUCCUGAAUGGCGUAAGGGAAAGGUGACCCUGAUAAGAUUUCAACUCAAAUAGAAAGGUAGUCAACUGAGUUAUUCGAAUAUUUCCACUUUUAAUAAUAUAGGAAUGUGUAGCUUUUUUCUUCCUCGCAUACAAUGCUUUGGAACUGAAUUUUGCAAGGUGAGAGUCAUGUGGA